AUGGCAGAGUAUUAUCGCGAACCUGCUCCCUUUCCCAGCGUUCCUUCUGGCCAACAACUCUAUGGCGCGACCAGCGGUGAACUCCCCGCACAUGCGGACGAUGCUCAAUUUGACGAUGGACAGCCCCGACGAUGCUCGGUGAGAGGAUGCGGUGCACCUCUCCCAGCCGGAUAUACGCGCAAGAUGUGCGAGACAUGUCGCGGCCGCCAUCGCACUUACGCGAGCACAAAGCGGGCCAAGCGCAAGAUGGAGAAGGCGGCUUUGGGUUCGCAACAGGGCAUUGUGGUCUGGAUGCCCCCAGAUGACACCGUGCAGACUGCAACAAGCACCCGUUCUUCACGUUCCAAUGUUGCUUCCUCUGCCCGUCAUGUCCACAAUGACUCGGAGCCCUUCGACUUUUCUGCACCGAUCUGGGACGAAAGUGCGAUUGAUCCUGCUCUCAUUGAAGCAGGGUUCUCUCAUGAGCCUCCUGAUCCCGCCCUGAUAUCUAACGAUUCGGAGCUCUCUCGCGCUCUUGUCCCAGCACUCCCGAAUCCGAUCCAUGAUCAACUAGGCGGAGAUAACGAAAACACUGUUGAGCGGCUGGAGGAAAGGUUGUCAGAUGAAUAUAGCAUAUCACUCAUUGUCGUUUAUGGUACGACAAAGCGUGCAAAGUGGAGGCGCGAGAAGGAGGUUGCGGUCACUGAGAUGCAGAAAAUGCAGGACGAUGAAGACUUUCAGAGGGCCACCGCGGGGCUUCCGCCUCUCGUUCGUGGAAACCCCUUAGAAUGGCGCGAAUGGCGCGCGGAUGGGACGCCUGCACCGGAGGCAAUGCAGGCGUUACAAAACAUCCCUCUCGCGCCUCGCAUGUGCACUGUCUCGCACUGUCGUGAGAUCCUCUCCGGCGAUUACAAGUUUCUUCGCUGCGAGCGGCAUCGUCUGCAGAACCGGUAUCACAGCAAGCUCAAGCGCGUGCGAGACAAGGAAGUGAAGGCGCAAGCCUUUGACGGUUGGGCUGCCGCUGCGAGUGCCAAUGCCCGCGCAAUGUCCGUGGAUAGUCACGACGGCAUAGUCGAGCUGAGCGCUGCCACCUCGUCUGGAGAACACGAUAAUGGUCUUGAUGCCGACGGCGAAUAUAGCGAGGAAGUACGCGAGGAGACCGAGGAGACCGAAGAGGGCAAUGCCAGUUCGAACACGGCUGCAAUCCUUUCUGGACUGUCCGGACCGCAGACCCCCUUUGGCGAGCCUAAGACCGGUGUUCCACCUGCUGCGCGAGGAACGCGACGUACCAACCACGUGUGCUCUAUCAAGGCCUGCUACAACCUCCUUGCGCCCACCAACCCCUGGAAGAUGUGCGAUCUGUGCCGGGCGAAGGACCGUCAGGGACGCCGCGAGAAGGCAUUGCGCGACAGCGGCCUCCUCCCGCCCCCCAGUAGGCCUCCUCGGACACCGAGAACGCUGAAGUCCAAAGCUUUGGAGGGCGAAGAGGGUGCUACGAAGCCCAAGAAGAAAAAGAAGAAGAAAAAGAAGGCGCAGGCAACCACAGAAGUUGUUGCGCAGGAUAGUCCUAUAGCAUCGGGCGCCGGUGAUCUACCGGAGGAAGCGGUAGACCAAAGACCCAGCCCUGAGGAGAUGUCGCAACCUCCUUCAGAUGCCGAAGUCCCACCAGAAAGUAGUGCUCCCUCCUCGGAGCCUGAACCUAUCGAGCAGUUGACUACUGUACAGCCCGCACUUGUAUUCAUGGAUCCCCUGCUAGCCGAUUCGGUGCCGCCACCAUCAUUUGACGAAGCCCCCUCAAUUGUACAAGAACAAACUCCUCAUGAAACUGGCCUUUCUCCGCCGGGCUCUGAUCCUUUCUUCCUCAUUUCUGCAGACCAGAUAGCAAGUCUGGGGGCGGAAAGUGCGGCUACGGCGCCUACGAGUAAGAAGAGCUCACGGCGAAAGAAAGCAGCGGCUGCGUCGGCCAACACAUCCGGCGAUAGCACGAAUUCGACACCUUCGGCUCCUGCUGAGGGCACCCAGCCACCUGAGUUGCUUCAUCAAACGUCGCCGGUUCCUACUCCUCAUGCCGCGUCGGAGCGCGUGCCCCAAGUCCUGGCCGAGCCUUCCCAUCCGCCUUUACCACCGUCCGUUACCGUAACAGCUCCGCCCGCGUCAGCUGCUUCACCACUACCUAUCCAUCACGAGGUUCCGCCACCAGGGGCCCCCUCCAUGCCAUCAUCGUAUAUGCCCUACUACAUGCCUCCCUACUAUAGCAGUCAGCCGUCGCCUUACCCGUAUACGCCUUACCAAUAUGCCCGCCCUCCCUAUGGACCUGGCCCCAUGUAUCAAUCUCCGUAUGGCCCAUAUGGCCAACCGUACCCUUAUCCACCUCCCUAUGGUCAGCCAUACGCCCCGCCACCUCCCCCUUCUGGACCCCUGUACCAGGUGUCUGCCGACUUCGUGUCGCGAACAGAGUACACUGCCGCUUCGCAGACGUUCAACCAAACCCUGGCAUCGUACGGUUCGAGCGCAAGCCCCUCAGCAUCGACCUAUUUCAGCGCAUUCUCUGCAAAGACCGGCGAGCCUCACAAUCGACCGACUUCUGUGGCAGCAGCCCCAAGGCGGAAGCGACAUUUCGACCAGGACUCUGAAGCUUCGGCGUCUAAUAUCAACAAGCGCCAGGCAACUGCAGGAGAGCACCACAUCGAGCACCCAGCUGCGCCUCAGCUGCCUCCUGCCGCUCCUGCUUCGUCUGCUCCCUCUGUGCCGUCUGUUACUCUUGCCACAACGAACGGGAACAUCGCAGGUGAACCCGCUGCAUCGCCGAGUAUUCAAGAGACUCUGGCAGAACCCACUCCGGCCACAGCGAUAUGUGGCAAUAAAUCUUGCCAUCGCUCUCUUCCUGCGAAUUAUGCUGGCACCCUGUGUGCACGAUGCAAGGAGCGGCUCAAGAAGAAACAGGCGAAGGUCAAGCAGCGCUUUAAGCUCGAACCUCGCAAGCUAUUGGUAGGCAGAGGUAUCAAUCUCACGCAUACACAGACUUUGGACCACGCAGGGCGUAAUCAGGACGCUAUAUCAUCUACACUAGAGCAAACGGCGGUAGCCGCCGCAUAA